AUAAAGCUUCACAUAGAAGAGAGCUAACGGCAACGACCGAAACCAAAAGAAGAGGAGCUCCGUCGUCCGGCUUACUUCACCUGACUCACGCACUUAUUCGGCCUCGAACGGGGAAACAAAGAAUCCAACAGAAGACGCUGAAAGGAAUCAUCCUGGCACAUCACGGUUGCCCCUCACUGCUCGGAUCGGAACACCUUAAAAUAAAAGAGAAUAAUACAGAGAGAGGAUGGCUUUGAAAAGGAUCAACAAGGAGCUCAGUGACCUGGCUCGUGACCCUCCAGCACAAUGCUCAGCUGGCCCAGUGGGUGAUGACAUGUUUCACUGGCAAGCAACAAUCAUGGGACCUAGCGACAGUCCAUAUCAGGGAGGAGUGUUCUUCUUGACAAUUCAUUUUCCAACAGACUACCCCUUCAAACCACCCAAGGUUGCAUUCACAACAAGAAUUUACCACCCAAAUAUUAACAGUAACGGCAGUAUCUGUCUGGAUAUUCUCAGAUCACAGUGGUCUCCUGCACUUACUAUUUCUAAAGUUCUUCUCUCCAUUUGCUCACUGCUAUGUGACCCAAACCCUGAUGACCCGCUAGUGCCAGAGAUCGCACGAAUCUACAAAACAGAUAGUCAGAGGUACAAUAAACUAGCUCAGGAGUGGACAACGAAGUAUGCCAUGCUUUAGGGUAAGGCCAGGAGGCAGUGCUGCAUCUUGGCUAGUGUUAUGGGAUUGGUUGGUUGUGAUGCUCUGGUCCCACUGGCAUAACCAGAGGCUUGGAUCUCUGUUACGAAGUGUACGGCUGCAGUGUGGGAUGUGGCUGUGAUUAAUGCUAAUCUCUGGCUGUCUGUACAUGCAGAGUACCUGUUAGCCAUCGGCAGCUCAGGUCUUAGGUUUGGCUUGCACCUUGAUAAGCUGUAAAUAAACAAGUCUAGUGUUUGUUCCCAAUCAUACAAUGGUCUUUGACAGUUGAACACACAUUAGUUGUAAUCACAAGUCCUGCUACAGCCCAUUCUUCUGUUGCAUGAAAAGAGAAUAAGCAGUAAGCUUUCACAGAGUAUUUUCACAUGUAAUAGACUUCCAGAGAAUCCGACAUUUUCUACAACACCUUAAUACAGAUAACAAAUUUUACAUUAUUGUUGACCAUUUUUUAUAUUUCACUCAGUAUGGCUGGGAAAUCUAUUUCAAUAUACUUGAAACUGGUGACAAAUGGGCUGCCUUUACUUUUCACAGUUAAUUGUUGUAUGGAAAUAGAGUUUUCUGCAGGGACCAUUCUCAAAAGUGCUCUUUGUGAUGGAGCUGAGGGCACAUUAACAUUUGGCUGCUAAAAAUAAGUGUAUUCACGAGUUGUCAUGUCUGAACCCCAAACAAUAAGCAUAAAAUGUGUUUGGUUUCUUAUAUGAAACGGCUGAUGUUUGAGCAGAUAGUGAACUUCCAGGUGUUUUUGUUUUUAAACUGCCAUUUACAGCUGGCAGCUGCAACAGCAUGCAAUAAAAAUGUGGUCUUUUAAAAUAUAUAUAUACUUUAUGUAUUAUUAUUUUUAUAAUACUUUUUUAACAGUCAUUUAAGGAAAGGCUGACACAAGGAGUUGGAUCUUAACACUGACUGAACUGGACAUUCUAAUAAAACAUGGAGCAAAAAAUAAAGCAAAUUUGUAAAAGGAGGAACUUUAUUAUUAUUAUUAUUUUUAAUCUAUUUAUUUAUUUUUAAAUACACUUUUUUACAAUUGAGUCAAGACUGGAUGUAUUGCUACCCAGAACUUUAAAUCUGGAGCUUUAGUUUCCAAUAACUUGAAAAUAGUUCCUGAUGCUGUAGUCAUACCCACCGUUAGAUCUGCAGAAUCUUUUGUGCAUGUAAUCAUAACUACUAACUCCAGCAUGAAAAGUUUAUUUAUUUUUUUUUUUUUUGUUCUUGCAAAUAACCUAGUCUUAACUUGUCAUUUUGGCAGCAAGAGAUGACAUGUGGAACAAGUAUGGCACCGUCUCAUGUUCAAGAAGUCAAGUGUGUACAAAGUGUCCAGGCUGCGUUAGGAUGCUAACUCGGCUUGCAAUGUGCUCAAGUGCAUGUGCUCAAAUAAGUCUUGAAUAAAACGCGAGUGUGCAGCAACUUGUAGUUCUUAAGAGCGUCACAAACAUACUCAGUGAUGUGUGUGAUGAGUUGACUUGAGGCGUCCUAAAAUUAUUUUUCCUUUAUUUUUUCUCUUUGCAGAUACACCAGAACAGCAAAAGAGUGGACAAGCAAAUACGCAAUGUGAAGACAUCGUUUGGAAAGCUGGUG